CUAAUACUAAUUACACUAACAGUAUAUUUAUAUAUAUAUACACAUUGCAUUGGGGGUUUCUUAAGACCAAGCAAAUGGGGGUGGAAAAAGAAGGUAGCACUAGUGUUAAGCUGAAACAGACCACUCAACCACCACCUCCACCACCGCUGCCAAAGACGCUUGUUCCGGUGAGCUUCACAAAUCAGGAAAUUGCUAAGUUCUGGAGGCAGAAGCGCGUCGAUGAGGAAGAUCAUCUCCUAGCUGCUAUUAAGGCUGCAGCUCGUAUUAGGGCAAGUAAACUCACGGAGGAUGAUUACAAGCGCUUUGAAGCGUGGUUGAAAGAGGACGAUGAAAGUAAGGAUAACAAUGCCAAUGCCAAUAAAUCCAUCAGACCAGAUGAGAACAAUGAAGAACUUCAUGUGGGAAUAAAGGACUGGUGGACGAAGAGCAAGUACGCUUAUUUAAACCAACCAGCCAUCCAGUCCAUGGACAAACCCAAACGUCGAACCUCUACUUAUAUUCCCAAUUUCUGCAACUAUAAGCCCUCUCCCAUGCCGACCACCUCAUUUGGUGUUUUUUAAGUGAUUCAAGCUGCAGAUUCAACUGCUCAAAUUUUAAGCCAUCAAGUCUACUUUUAUCUUCAAACUGGACUUCAAAAAUGGCCUCUUACAAUGUCAUAAGGAUGCCUAUGUUAUAGUUUACAGACCCUUGUUUGGGACAUUCAUGGUUGGUUGUAUAAACUAAGAAGCCUUUGUGUGUGUGUACUUGUGCCCUAUUUGGCAUUUGCUUAUCAAUUUAGCUGCUUGCUGUGAACAUGGGUUUUAGCAUGAAUAAUGAAGUAAGGUGCCAAUAUAUAAUCUUGAACUUGUUGCAUCA